AUGUUGCCAAGAAUUCUAUUCCCGCUUCUCGCCGCCUCGGCUGUUGCUGAAGUACAUUACCUGUUUUCUGGCUUCUUUUCUGGAUCUACAAUUGCCGGCAUUGAGUUCGAUGAUGAAGCCCAUUCCUUGAGCUUGGUGAAGAACAUCUCCUCCGCAUCCGAUGACGGGUCGAAGUGGAUAGCACUCGAUGCGCGCAAGCAAAAUUUAUACGUUGGCACCACUGGUUACUUCCAAAGCUACAAGGUAACAAAGAAUCUGGGGUUGACCUAUAAGAGCAACGUCAGCUUAUCCUCGGAUUGCAAAAACGCAAACUUCAUCACCGCAUCAUCCAAGUCUCCCUUCGCAGUAUUCGGCACACCCUACGGAGGCGGUUGUCCAACAAUCGCCAUAUCCGUCGAUAAGACUGGCACUCUCCAGAAGAGCUUCGCAAAUGCGACUUACAACACUAAAGGCGGUGUUCACGGAACCGCGCUGAGCCCCAAGAAUGACUUCCUGUACUCUGCCGAUGACAUGGGAAAUGCAGUCUGGGUUCACUCUUACGAUCGCGAAAGCGGCAAAGUUGAAGAGGUGCAGUAUCUUGCUGCCGAGGAAGGAUCUAAUCCAAGACACUUGAUGGUGCAUCCCAAUGGUAAAUGGGUGUAUGUCGUUUACGAGGAGGCGAAUUCCGUUGCGGCAUAUAAGCGGAAUGCGAAGUCGGGAAAACUCGAGUUUCGCAACGAGACAUACAGUCUGCUUCCUUCCGGAUUCACCAACUCUUCUUCUUAUUGGGCUGACGAGGUACUGCUUUCUACGCCUGGCGAAGGAUCAUCCCCCAAAUACCUGCUUGCUGCCACGAGGUCUCGUAAGACUGGAGUUCCUGGAUAUGUCUCUGCAUUCAGUCUUGAUGCCAAGACUGGAGGAAUCAAAGAGCAGCUGUUCCUGCAAGAAACCACUAACAGCGGAGGAUCUGCAAAUGCUGUAUCGCCGGCUCCAUUCAGUGAGGAUUUCUUUGCAAUCACUGAUAGUGGUUCGAACUUUAUUGAAGUUUGGAAGAUCAACGAAAAGAGCGCGUCGGCAGUUGCUCACCUUGAUCUUGAGAAUGGGCCGGCUAACGCUGUAUGGUAUAAUUAA